GAGCAGCUGAUGACUAUAGCGUAUGAGAGCGGGGUAAACCUUUUUGACACCGCAGAGGUGUAUGCUUCUGGAAAAGCUGAAGUCAUACUGGGAAACAUCAUCAAAAAGAAGGGUUGGAGGCGAUCCAGUCUGGUUAUUACCACAAAGCUCUACUGGGGUGGAAAAGCCGAGACAGAACGAGGCCUUUCUAGGAAACACAUUAUUGAAGGUCUUAAGGGCUCCUUGCAGAGGAUGCAGCUGGAAUAUGUAGAUGUGGUCUUCGCCAACCGGCCUGAUAGCAACACACCGAUGGAGGAGAUCGUCAGAGCCAUGACCUACGUGAUAAACCAAGGCAUGUCCAUGUACUGGGGGACCUCACGAUGGACAGCUAUGGAAAUAAUGGAAGCAUAUUCUGUAGCGAGGCAGUUUAACCUGAUUCCUCCAGUGUGUGAGCAGGCAGAGUAUCAUCUCUUCCAGAGGGAGAAGGUCGAGGUGCAGCUGCCUGAGCUCUACCAUAAGAUAGGUGUGGGCGCCAUGACAUGGUCUCCUUUGGCCUGUGGGAUCAUCACUGGAAAGUAUGAAAACGCCUGGUGUCUGCGGAACGAGGGAGUGAGCUCGGUACUACUAGGAACCUCAAAUGCAGAGCAGCUAACUGAAAACCUGGGAGCCAUACAGGUAUUUGAUUUUAUAGCUCUUGCUUGCCCUACUUGA